CGCCCCCAGUCGUCUUUAGUCCCGGGACAGGGCCGCAGCCAGUCUGUCGGCCUUUGUGCUCGCGGCGGUUGUGUCUGCGUCCCUGCUCUGCGAGCCAUAGCCGAGCCAUGCCUUCUGCAGCCUUCAUGCCGACGCCUCAGCCCCAGCACCGGGUGUUCGUGGUGGGGGUUGGGAUGACCAAGUUCUUGAAACCUGGAAAUGAGAAUUCACCAGACUACCCUGACUUGGCAAAAGAAGCAGGUCUGAAGGCUUUAAGUGAUGCACAGAUCCCUUAUUCAGCGGUGGAACAGGCAUGUGUUGGCUAUGUUUAUGGUGACUCCACCUGUGGGCAGCGGGCUAUCUACCACAGUCUGGGCCUCACUGGAAUUCCUAUAGUCAAUGUCAAUAAUAACUGUGCUACUGGUUCCACUGCCUUGUUUAUGGCCCGGCAGCUGAUUCAGGGUGGUGUAGCCAAUUGUGUCUUGGCUCUUGGAUUUGAGAAGAUGAGUAAAGGAUCGCUUUCAGCUGGUUCUACAGAUAAGACUAAUCCAUUGGAUAAACACCUUGAAGUCAUGAUCAAUAAAUAUGGAUUAUCUGCAAAACCAAUUGCUCCUCAGAUGUUUGGGAAUGCUGGAAAAGAACACAUGAAAAAAUAUGGAACAAAAGAAGAACAUUUUGCAAAAAUUGGAUGGAAAAAUCAUAAACAUUCAGUUAACAAUCCGUAUUCCCAGUUCCAAAAGGAAUACAGUUUAGAUGAAGUGAUGGGAUCUCGGCAAGUUUUUGGUUUUUUGACUGUCUUACAGUGUUGUCCCACUUCAGAUGGUGCUGCAGCAGCAAUUUUGGCUAGUGAAGAAUUUGUAAAGAAACACGGUUUGCAACACAAAGCAGUGGAAAUUUUGGCACAAGAGAUGGUGACUGAUUUUCCAAGUUCAUUUGAAGAGAAAAGUGUUAUUAAAGCGGUUGGCUAUGACAUGAGUAAAGAAGCUGCGAGAAAGUGUUAUGAGAAAACUGGUCUAAGGCCAACUGACGUUGAUGUAAUAGAACUUCAUGAUUGCUUUUCUGCCAAUGAACUCUUUACUUAUGAAGCACUGGGACUCUGUCCAGAAGGACAAGGUGGAAAACUUGUUGAUAGAGGAGAUACUACCUAUGGAGGAAAGUGGGUAGUAAAUCCCAGUGGUGGACUGAUUUCUAAGGGACACCCAUUGGGAGCUACAGGUCUGGCGCAGUGUGCCGAACUCUGCUGGCAGCUGCGGGGCGAAGCCGGAAAGAGGCAAGUGCCCGGCGCCAAGGUGGGUCUGCAGCACAACCUCGGCCUCGGAGGAGCCGUCGUCGUCACGGUCUACAAGAUGGGAUUUCCCGAGGCUGCCAGAGCUUACCAAAUUGAGGCUGCUCCAACUGGCUCUGCAGUUGAUGGAUUUAAGGCAAAUCUGAUCUUUAAGGAGAUUGAGAAAAAGCUUGAAGAGGAAGGGGAGCAGUUUGUGAAGAAAAUUGGUGGUGUUUUUGCCUUCAAAGUGAAGAAUGGCCCUAAUGGGAAAGAAGCCACAUGGGUAGUGGAUGUGAAGAACGGCAAAGGAUCUGUGCUCCCUAACUCAGACCAGAAGGCCGACUGCACUAUCACGAUGGAGGACUCAGACUUGCUGGCUUUGAUGACUGGGAAAAUGAACCCUCAGUCGGCCUUUUUUCAAGGCAAAUUGAAAAUCACAGGCAACAUGGGCAUGGCGAUGAAGUUGCAGACCCUUCAGCUGCAGCCGGGCAAAGCGAAGCUGUGAAGAACUAAUUCCCUCUUGGGCUGGUUUGAAAAUCAAGAUGAGCUCUAUAGAUUAUCUCUCCCUCUAGUUCACUGUUGGAAUUUAGACUGAAACUACACAUUGGCAAAUAGCAUUGAGAUGUGUUUUUGAAUGGGUGUGUCCAAUCUUGUUUUUCAUAACUCUGGGUGAAGUGAGCCUUGAAUGGUAUACUGCUGCUAUGCUGAAUUGCAUACAACCGUGCAUUGCGAAGUUAAAUAUGGUAAUUAUGGUUUGGGGUAAAAUUGAAUUUCAGAAUAAAAUUAGGAACAGCAAAAUCCAAAAACUAUGUAAACAAAAGCUCUCAUUUUGCUUAUAAAGUAUUUCUAAGGAUUAUUCUGCUGAAGAUUCAAUUACAAGUUUUCCUUGGGAGAACUAAGAAAGUGUAUAAUACCAGUCUUUAGCCAUAACUUAGUGUUGUACACUUAAUACCUUAUACUAUUUUUCAUUAAAAGUUCUGUACUGGGAUCUUUUUUAAGGAGAAACCCCCCCACAGAUUUUUGCAUUUCAUGCCAACAGAAACGAUAUUUUCUUCCCAAAUCAAAAUAAAGGAAAUAUGAUCAGAGCAUGAGGGGAAGAAAUCUAUAGUUGAACACAGGCCUAUUUUUAAAAUAAAAGUAUUUUUAAAUGGAUUUCCUUCUUGAAAAAAAAAAAUCAAUGUAUUCAAAUGAUAAAAUGCUGUCAUUAAAACUUAAAUACUUUGCUUUGAGAUGCACGGUUUCAAAUGAUAAAAUAUUAAUUCAAUUAAAUUUGUAAAGUUCUUGGUCCUUUAUUUAAUUUUUUUCUCAUAUAAGUUUAAUUAUUUACAUUUAAUUUUCCCUUCUAGUUUUUCUAAUGCUAAUGUAUUUCUUAUAAUUCAGGAAGAUAAAAUAACGCUUUUCAAAGAAUGUUUAAUAGAAAAUUAAAAUAGCUCUUCCUUA